AUGUGUGACCAGCAGCAGAUUCAGUGUUGCCUGCCACUCCCCCAGUGCUGUGUGAAGGGUCCCUCCUUCUACCCCUCCCAGUUCCCCAGUGCCAAGAGCCAGGUGGUGGUCCAAGCCCCUUGUGAGAUGCAAAUUGUGGGGUAUCCCACAUCAUGCCCAGUUCAAGUUUCCCAGGUAAAAUGCCAGGCUCCAUGCCAGUCCCAGACUAUGCAGGUGAAGUGCCAGGCUCCAUGCCAGUCUAAGACCACCCAAGCAAAGUGCCAGGCUUCAAGCCAGUCUAAGACCACCCAGGUGAAGUUCCAGGCUCCAUGCCAGUCUCAGAUUUCCAGUGUUCAAUGCCAGGCCCCAUGCCAGCCUGAGGUGUCCUGUGUGCAAUGUGAAGCUCCAUGCCCUGUUCAGACCUGCUAUGUAGAAUGUGCUCCAGUUUGUUAUACAGAAACUUGUUAUGUGGAAUGCCCAGUCCAGACCUUUGUACCCCGUCCAGCUCCUCAGCCUGUCCAGACUUACAUGGCUUGUCCCCCAGUUUCCCAGACUCAGGGAAGAUUCUCAACCCCGUGCCAGAAUCAGGGCUCCCAUGGCAGAUAUGUCCUGCAACGUCAGUCCCCAGCUUUCUACAGCAACUGCGCGCCACAGUUCCAAUCCGGCACUUACUACAGCAACUGCGCCCCCCAGCGUCAGUCCCGGGCUUCAUUUAGCACUUGUGCACCUCAGUGCCAGGCCCGAGGCUCUUAUGGGAGCUUCCCCGCCCAGCGUCGCUCCCAGAGCACAAGCAGAUGCCUCCCUCCUCGCCAGCUGCAACCUUCUUACCGCAGCUGUUCCCCUCCACGACGGUCUGAACCCUACUACAGCAGCUGGCUGCCAUCAGCAUGUUCUUCGAGUUCCUAUAACUACUGCACCCCACCGCGCCGCUCUGAGCCCAUCUAUAGCAGUGGCUGUCCUCGGGGUCCCACUUCAGGCUGCUCUCGCAGAUGUGGUCCCAAGUGCCGGAUAGAGAUUUCCUCCCCCUGCUGCCCCAGGCAGGUACCCCCUCAAAAGUGUGCGGUUCAGAUUCCCCCCAUCAGACGCUGCUCUGAGAGUUGUGCCCCACGACCCUCCUGGGAUGCCUCCUGCCCAGAGCUGAGGCCACGUGUAGAGUCACGUCCACUCCCAAGUUUCUGUCCACCACGGCGUCUGGACCAAAGUCCAGAGAGAUCACUGCAAAGAUGCCCACUUCCUGCCCCAUGUUCAUGUCCACAUCCUGCUCCACGGCCAUAUCCACUGCCAUAUCCACGCCCAGAACCACGUGCAAGGCCAGAGCCCCGCCCAUGUCCUCCACCACGGCAACGUUCCGAUCCCUGUCUGUGUUCAGAACCACGUCCAGCCCCGCGCGCAGUCCCACAUCCUAGACCAGUGCAGCGUGAAUUUCCCGAGUCACGUCCAUGUCCACAGCCCUGUGAGCUCCCGGAACCUUAUUCACUUCCAGAGCCAAUUCCCCUUCCAGCACCCUGCCCGAGCCCAGAGCCCUGUGUGGAGCCUGGGCGCUGUCCCAGCAGCCCAUGCUCGGGACCAAAUCCAAUCCCAUGCCCGGGAGACCUAGGCUGCCAUGAGUCCACCCCGUGCCGCCUGGACACCGAGGCCCCCAGCUGUGGCCCAGCUGGUUAUAACCAGUGGCAAGGAAGUGGUGACAGCUUUGGACCUUGUGAUGGGAUUCCAGAGCCACAGGGUUUCCGUGAUUGUGGAGACCAAGGAGGCACCUGUGUUGGACUGAAAGGAGGUUCUUCUGUUGGAACAAAGGGGGCUUAUUUUUAA